AUGAAUAUAAUCCGCAGCCUAAAGUUGCCAAGCAGGAACUGCAUUUUCUUUCAUUUAGCUGCCUUCACCAAGCAGGGCAAGUGCAGUAAUCUGUACAGGUCAUAUGCAGAACAUUGCCAAACUCAAGUCAGUUGUACACGAGAUAGGUGCCAAAGGCUAUAUUUGAGUGGAAAUACUAGAAACUGUUUUCCAACUGGAAGAUCUGACUACCGUAGAAACGUCAUCUGUAAAGGACAGAGGUAUCCCUUGAGUGCCUCAAAUACAGAAGUAUACAAGAAUGCACGCCACAGUUUGGGAAGGUUUUGCUUCCAGUCUUCCCGGACACUGGGGGAGAAGACCACAACCUUGCAGAUCAGUUCUGCAGGGCAACUCCCACGUUGUUUUUCUGCUCAGAACAUUCAGAUCAUCAGGUGUUUUCGUACAUCGCCAUUGUUUCAGGCUGCACCAGCUCCUUUUUUCUGGAUUAUUGUUAAGCCAAUUCAGAAGUUAUUUGCUAUAAUUUUCGGCAGAGGCAUAAGAAAAUGGUGGCAGGCACUACCUGCUAAUAAGCGGGAAGUUUUUAAAGAAAGCAUAAGAAAAAAUAAAUGGAAGAUACUCCUGGGUGUUGGUAGCUUAGGAGUUUCAUUUGCUGUGUUUUAUUAUACUCACUUGGAGGAGACACCCAUCACUGGGCGCACUCGACUGUUGGUCUUUAGGAAAGAGCAUUUAAAGCAGCUGGCACAGAUGGAAUAUGAUACGUGGAUGGAGAAACUUGAAGGUAAAAUGUUACCUGAGACAGAUGAGCGCUAUCAGGCCGUGGAGAAAGUUGUUAGUCAUUUAUCAGAAAGCAAUAAGGACAUCCCACAGUUGUCAGCGUUCAAGUGGACUGUCCAUGUGGCAGAUGAACCAGAAGUAAAUGCUUUUGUGCUUCCAAAUGGUGAAGUGUUUGUUUUCACUGGAUUACUAGAUGCAGCUUCUGAUAUUAAUCAGCUGUCUUUCAUUCUGGGACAUGAAAUAGCUCAUGCUGUGCUGGAGCAUGCAGCAGAGAAAGUUGGCAUGGUUCACUUACUGGAUUUUGUAUCCCUCAUCUUCCUGACUCUGAUUUGGGCCAUCUGUCCUCGGGAUAGCUGGGCAGUUCUUGGCCAGUGGAUUCAGAGCAAGCUGAAGGAGUUUAUGUUUGAUAGACCAUACAGCAGAACAUUGGAGGCUGAAGCUGAUGAAGUGGGACUUCAGUUUGCAGCAAAGGCGUGUGUGGAUGUCCGAGCAAGCAGUCUAUUUUGGCAACGAAUGGGAGUAGUAGAGACCCUUGAAAGGCAGCCCAGGUUACCAGAGUGGCUCUCCACACACCCUUCUCAUGAGAACAGAGCUGAGCACUUAGACCAGCUUAUGCCAGAGGCUCUUAAAAUAAGAGAGAGCUGCAAUUGCCCAUCUCUUUCUGGACCAGAUCCUCGUCUCGUUUUCAAACAUACCAUGCAACGUUUCCUGAAAUUGCCUGAAGAUCAAGAAUCCCCAAAUUCUACAAAGGAAGAUCUCUCAAAGCCAAAAUUGGAUUUUCCUCACACUCAAAAAGUGGAAGAUAUGCCUGCAGCUCUUGCAGUUAAACCUACAAACUAA